GGUCUCUCUUUUUAAGCUCUCCUGAGCCGGGGCUGCGCUUCUCUAAUUGGGAGUGUGAGCCGGGGCUAUUUCUGGAGCUGGCGCCACUCCAAGAGGGCAUCCGCAUUUGCAACAAGCGGCGGCGGCGGCGACGGCGGCGGGAGGAGCCCGAGCAGGGAAGCUUAGCGAGGUCAUUCGCUCGCAGUCCGCGUUGCUCCCCCGCAACCCGGAGCUACGCACCCAAGCCGGCCCGCCGAACGCCAUCCCCCUACCCUUUACCACCUCUCAUUAGAGAAGGGGGAGGAUGAGUGAAUCUAGUUCAAAGUCCAGCCAGCCUCUGGCCUCCAAACAGGAGAAAGACGGGUCUGAGAAGAGAGGGCGGGGCCGACCCCGGAAACAACCCCCGAAGGAGCCCAGUGAGGCACCAACUCCCAAGAGACCUCGGGGCAGACCGAAGGGGAGUAAGAACAAGGGGGCUGCUAAAGGCCGGAAAACUACCACUGCACCAGGGAGGAAACCAAGAGGGAGACCCAAAAAACUGGAGAAAGAGGAGGAAGAAGGGAUAUCCCAGGAGUCUUCAGAGGAGGAGCAGUAACCAAGUCUGCUUAUAUCUCGCUACCUCAUUCCCCUUGAUGACGAUGACGACCACGGCGGCGGCGGCCCUUUCGUUCUGGGACUAGACAGAAAAAUGUUGAUCUUUAAGCCCCCAUUUUUCUUCCCCCACUUCUCCUUUCCCUCGAUCUGUCCUUCCUGGUUUUACUGGUCAGAGAAAUAAUAGCUCUACCUGGGAAAAAUGCCUCCCCAUUCACACAUUGAACAUAUUCACACUAACCCUGGCCAUCCCAUACGGGAUUGUGCUGGGUAGGGUGGAGCAGACAGCAGCAGGUGGUUAAGCCUCCCUCCCCCCAUCUCCCACAUCCAUCCAUCCACCCAUCCACAGACCCACCCAUCCUUUCCAAGGAUUGGGAUUUUUUUUGUAUGCCUCCUUCCCUGGACAGAGCUAACCUUUUGACUUAGCUGCCAACACCUGUUUCUUUGUCUCUGCCCCUCUGGAAUGGGACCAGGGUUCCUGUUUUCCCAUCUCCCCACUCCCCCACUCCAACUCAAAAGGGUUUGAGAGGGAAGGACAGAUGUGUGAGUAUCUUGAUCAUAAGAACUCAGCUUCAGUUGACUUCUGUUUGGGGAUAUUCUGUAUCCCCGAAACCCCUCCUUUCUACCUUCUACUCAGUCAAGAUUGGUCCCGAGGGUGGAGAUGGGAGCAGGCUUUUUAGGGGGAGUGGGGGGGGGUCCAAUACCCUCCCCUUUCCCCCUUCUGCCCUCUCCACACUGGCAUUUCCUGAGUAUCAAACUGGAAUGGGGCUGGGCUGGAGCCUAGGGUGUCAGGCACUAAUUGAGAAGUAGCUAAGGGGAAGGGAGAGGGUCUGAUUCAUCUGUUUCCUUGCUGCUCAGGAGAUCUAGGGAGAAGGGGGCGGGGGGGGACUUGACAAUCCUAUUAAAUUCCCCCAACCCUGGGUUGGCCUUCCUUGGCCCGUGAUUUUUGCCUUUGGAAUGCAUGUUUUGCAAGGAUUUUUCCUCCCCCCCCUCCCUCCUUUCAGAAUGCCAUCCCCCUCCCCCCCGGAGCUGGUUACAUCUUCCCUCCGUUCACAAUCUACCUCUGAACAUUUUGUUGGUUUUCUUUUUUUAAACGGUUCUGUUCUUAUAUUCUGUGGCUUCCAGACUCAGCCAUGCAGUUUUGUUGGUUGUCAUGUUCACCUGCCCUCUACCCUUGCUCCAUCUCAGCCCUGCUCAUCCUCCCCAAAUCAUCACAAAGGAGGGCUUGGGGAGAUAGUGGACACCAGGCCUAGUUUACUAAAAAGUGACAUUGUUUGGGGAGGUGGGCCCCAGGGGAGCUGCCCAACCCCACUUCUAUCAGUCCCUCCUCUGGUAAUCUUCAAGUUGGGAGGGUUAAGGGAAGGAGGUCCAGUUGAAGUGGGGGAAGGGGUGGUCCCAGACUGUCAUGAGGCCCCCCACUCUGGUUUCCUAUUUGCAGUUACUUGAAUAAAAAUUCCUUUUUUCUGGA